GGCGGCGCCCCGCCUCGAGGCCAGGAUGGCGUCGCGCGUCACGCUCGCGCGCGCCGUGCGCGGCGGCUCGGGCUGCCUGCUGCCCGACAUGGUGGUCACCUUCCAGGACGUCGUGGACGCCCUGGACCAGAUGCGCUUUCGGCGCCACUGGCAGCGCCGCGUGCGCCCCGGCGACCCGGACGUCGUGACGCUGCGCGACGUCAAGGACGUCGUGCUGUUCCAGGUCCAGCAGCAGCUGCCCAGCCUCUUCCUGCGGCUGUUCCACACGCCGGCCGUGGACCGCUUCCUCCGCACCCUCAUCCUCUACCUCUUCCACUACAUCCAGGUGGGCCGCGACUACCUGGCGCUUCUGCUGGGGGAGGGCGCGGCGCACCGCUACCACCACCUGGCCAACGGCGUGCAGUCCUGGACGCACCGGGACGCGCGCCUGUUCGAGCCGCUGCUGCGCCUGGCCGUGCGCGUCGCCUGGGUCGCCCUGCAGCGCCGCUACCUCAACCUCAUCGACGCCGAGGUGAGCCGCCUGUUCCGGGGCGAGCCCUUCAGCGCGGCGGCGCGGCGGCAGCAGCGGCCCGGGUCGGCCGACCUCCGCGCCCGCGACCGGGUCCGCGACCGGGGCCUGCGCGAGGAGGUGCUGCACGGGCCGCCGGGGCCCCGGGACCACACCCUGUUCACGCGCUCCCCCGCCGUCCUGGAGCUGCUCGGCCGCCCCGGUCACGAGCCACCCUGGACGCUGCUCGCGCUCGGCCGCCUCCCACAGCCCGGGCUCCCGGAGGCGCUCCGCCGGCUGGAGGCUGUCUACACCCUCGGCGAGGAGGAGCUGGCGCAUCAGUUCGGACACUUCGUCGGCAUCCUGGGCAUGCCGCGGGCCCAGUUCGACGUCAUGCUCAACCUCCGGGACAAGCAGCGCAGACAAGAGCUGCUCAUCUCCUCCUCGGUGGGUCAACAAAUCUCAUCCAUAUUUCCGGAUGGGGACGAUCUAGAACCCUCCAGUACCGCCAACCCAGCGAGCUUUCCCGUGCUCCCAGACUAGAGAAACUUGUGGUUUAAUAAAAAAAAAAUCAAAUGCGAAAGGUAACAGUCUUUAU